AGAAAUAAAGCAGUAAACACGAGGAGAGCUCCUGCAAAACUCGUGGAGGCCGAAGCACUCGCUCUAAAGAAAGCCGACCGCCCCGUCGGAGUGGUGCGUGCGCGCUGGUGGUGAAACGCGGCGGCGUGCCGCGGUUGUUGUGGUGCCGUGUGUGUCCGUGCGGCGCGGACGGCAGCGAUGGACGGCAGCGUGAGGCCGACGACGUCGCCAUGAAGUUCCUCAGCGUGCGCAAGGUGACCCAGGGCACGGCUCUGGCCGUGUCUCUGGUCGCCUUCUACGGAGCCUUGCUGCUGCUCGGCUGGCCGCCGCUCGGCAUCGACUGGCAGCAGCAGACGACGGCGCUCGUUGCAGACGACGCUCAAGAUGGCGGCGCUCACAAGACAGCCGACGCAGGAGUCGCCGCGGCCAAGAAGCUGGUGUUCCUCAGGGCACCGCCCGGUUUUCACCAGAGUGCUAGUCGCAGGGUGUUGAAGGGGGGCAACGACGUCGAUAACGAAGUGGAGGAUUACGCCGACCAGCCGUCGGGCGAAGACUUUGACGCCGACGGGGCCGAUGAUGCCGACGUGCGCGAUAGCAACAGGUCGGCGGACCAGGGUGCAGCGGCGCCCGAGGAACCACCGCAGCAGUCGCCCACAACGCGACUGGAGGACGUGUUUUUCAGUGUAAAGACGACGCGGACGUUUCACAGGACUAGGCUCGACGUCAUACUCAAGACGUGGUUCGUCCUGGCACGCGAACAGACAUAUUUCUUCACGGAUGCUACGGACCCGCUGUACCAGCUCAAAACAAACGGUCACCUCAUCAACACCAACUGCUCAUCAUCUCACAAUAGGAAAGCGCUGUGCUGCAAGAUGUCUGUCGAGCUUGACUUCUUCCUCGACAGCAAUAAGAAGUGGAUGUGCCACUUCGAUGACGACAACUACGUGAACGUACCGCGGCUGGUGAAGCUGCUGCAGGAGUACGACCCCCGGGAGGACUGGUACCUGGGCAAGCCGUCCAUUAGGCAGCCGCUCGAGAUACUCGCCAGGGACAGCAGCAAGCCGCAGAGGAAGAUCUCCUUCUGGUUCGCCACUGGUGGCGCGGGCUUCUGCAUCAGCCGCUCCUUGGCGCUCAAGAUGCUACCACUCGCCGGGCGCGGAAAGUUCAUCAGCAUCGGGGAGCACAUCCGGUUGCCCGAUGAUGUCACUAUGGGCUACAUUGUGGAGCAUCUUCUGAAGAAGAACCUGACCGUGGUGGAGAACUUCCACUCGCACCUCGAGCCCAUGAAGUUCCUCAAGAAGGAGGGCCUCAGCGACCAGGUGACCUUCAGCUACUCCAAGUUCGGCAAGGAGCUGAAUGUGCUCAACAUCGACGGCUUCUCGCAAAGGGUUGACCCCACUAGGUUCCUGUCCUUACACUGCCAGCUGUUCCCGAACUUCAGUUUCUGUCCGAGGUAGCGACACGCCUGACGCGCUCGCUCGGGAUGCAUUAGACCGAGUGCAGCGUGGAUUAUGCCAACAGCCACGAUACCUGCCAAGCACCUGGAAAAGAACGAGACACGCCGCCAAACGGCAAUCAACAGCGCGUGCAUCCGCAGUGUCAGUCAGUGCGCGGGAGUACGUUCAUCGAGGGAGUUGCAGUGGACCUCUGUGUAGUGGUUGGAACUGUGGUGUGGAACACUGCGCAGUGAAGCCUGGAGGAUUUAGUGAUGCCGAAUUCGGCGGCGAGUCAUCACAGCGGCCGUUGGUACGCGAACGGUGGUUGGACAAUGGUGUCGCGAACUUUUGUUGGUGUGACAGCGUGACCAUCGCUGUAGUGACUCCCUUUACUCCGUGGAAGACCAUCAAUGCAUCGCUUCGUGCAGACUUUCCUGCAGUAGAGCUGUAUCAGACGGCUUUUUAAGUUGAUGUUCGAUUUGCUGAGCCCUUCUUUUGGGAGAGCUGGCCGAACUUGCCUCGUUUACCAGGAUACCAACUGGAGGAUCUCGCAUUGCGUUUCUUUACACCUUGAAUGCGGCUGUAUUUUUUAGAGUUGUCUGCGUUUUGGACUGCGUCAGUGAACAGGGUCGAUGCUUGUCACAAGUGCAGAAUUCGACGCCAAGUCUGAUAGAGACUGAGUCGCCUAUAUAGGUAAUAGGUCACAGUGUAAGGAAACUACGGACUCACGGCAACGUAUGCACGUAAACGGUCCUGCACGCUGUCUCUGAGUCGGUCAGUGGCAAAAAAGUGAACAUUCUAUGCAACUCAUUGUAACGACACAAUGUGUUUAUUUGUAGGGUAAUAGGCGCGGCAUGGGUUUCAGCCGUUGGUGCAAAAUUCCUAUCGCAAACUCGCGGUGUUUCAAAACGAUAACGUUACGUGAGGGGGCGAAAUACACCGUCCUUACAUGCUGGGAGCUCUGUUCGCCUCAAAGAUUUGGAAUUUGAUUGCACGUGAUUUGGGUAAGACGCAUCGGGUAAUGUUCUUUGCCUUCAUUCAAAUGCAUAAGUCGAAUCGAACGAGUCAUGACAGUCACAAUAGUGGACAGUCACAACGUAAUGUUCGCGUUGCUAGCGCUAAGCGAUCUCCCGCGAAAAAAAGCAGAUCUAGUGAGCUGACGUAAGUCUUAAGAAAUGGCGGAUAGAUAUGACGACAUUUUGCACCCUGCGGCAUGCAAAAUAGUAAUGGAUCGUAAUGGAUUCUAAGGCUCGUGUUCUUUACGAUGCGUGUUCAAUGCGUAGGCGUCGGACCCUCAACAAUUUCCUUCGAUAUCGGCCCUUUUGUACAGUAUAUACGUCGAUUUAUCUUUAGGAAACCGGCGUUUUUUUCUCUCUAUCUGUCGGAUUAUUUCACACCACCAGUAUGGAGCACGGGUAUCCAACGUGUUCAAUCGGGGAUUACAUGUUCACCGAUGCGGUGUCGCACACAAAGUCAGGUGUUGUGCCCGGACCGCAUGAUGAGCUCACCCAGCAACGUAGUCGAGCCUUUCUUUUUUUGUAUCAAUGGGGAUCAUGCGUUGUGCACUUGAGUUUCGACACUUGUCUUAUGCGCCGAAAUGCAAAUCGUGAAAGCGGAACGAUUGAACAUGAGCGACCUCGCCAUAGGAACUUGGGCGUCGACACUUGUUCCAUAUAUUGACGCGCAAAUCGUGAAACACGGACGAUCUGUGCGAUUCCUUUCAGAGAUUGUUGCAGUUGUAGAUCAGUAUAGGAAUCGAGACCUACAAAUGAUGUCGCAUGGUGUUUUCGAGGCAAAGCAGGCUAUCUUUUGUUUUAAAUAUCUUAAAAGUGGGCCGUCAACAAGAUGUUUUAAGUAACGCCAAAUGCACGCAUGUGAACAAUGGGUGACUUGAAAUUUCGAUUAAUCUCCUGCAGAAGAGCUUUCCUCUUCGUUACUGUGUUCCUCAUCUUUUUUUUUAUGUGCUUUGGACAACUCAGGAUAACGAGUUACCGGCAUUUUUUUUUUAUUUCCCAUGUACUUCAGAAAUGCGUAAUGACCUUCCGCCACUGCAUAUCCAUAAAGCGAAGCGCGCAGUCAGACGCAGAGGUGCCUUGACCGGUAUUCGCAGCACCGUUCGGCCUUUCAGGCAAGUCGAGGCGAGCUCGCAGGCAGUCGCUAAGCACGUUUCACUUAGAGCGCUCCUUAUAGACCAGAAUUUUCUUUACUUGCAUGGAGCAGCUAUUUUUGAUAGAGGGGCUUCGGGUCAUGUGGAAAAGAUCACCACGAUAGCAUCCGGCAUGUCUUGAUCGCAUGCUGGCCGCCACUGUUAGCUUGUCAUCAGUCGUGACGUAGUCAAACACGCAGCCCCUACGCUGGCCGCUCCGCCAGAUAAUGACUGGGUUCAAGAUUAUGUGUAUUUCCUCAAAACGUGUGUGUAAAAGUAAAAAUAAUCUGGUCUAUACUUUUCACAUCAACAGUUUUUUAGUUCACAUCCUGUUCAUGUAAAAUAUAUCGACUUCGAUAUAAAGCCUCCGGCUGUUCAGGAGCAACAUCAGCGCACUUAUGACGUCCACUGAAAUUUGGAAGUGCUUCGUUUGUCCGAGCGCGCGAGAUGGCGAAGCAUAAAGAAAAUCGUUCGAAACGGCAAGGUUGGCGAGUUGAUUAAAAGCUAACAUCUUCGAAACAACAGCGCCGAGGCCGGUCGUGUUGUCUGAAUCCAUGUCCGUUAUUUGCCUGGCGCGGUUAUUUCGAAGGCAUAACAGUUUGGCCUCACUGAAGCCUCGCGCGUUUGCCCCAAAAAAACCUGCCCGCGGACGACAACGCAUGCGAGCCGCUUUCAAAGCUCUCAGGUAUACGUGCAAAGUCAGAAAAACAACCCCACCCGACCACUUUUUUUUUUUUUUUUCUCGCCUAUAAAGUUUUGUAGGAGGCGAGCGAGACGCGUAACAGCAGUAGUCUAGCCGGCGGUCACGUCUAUAAUACCUCGGCUGUCGCGCGCCGGUGCGGAAGCAACGACCUGUAAUUGCGUCCCCGUCGUCCGCGUUUAAUUGAGCAGGCCGUUUUUCUUUCGCUUAACUUCUCUCUUUUUUCUCUCGUUCCCUCGGACAAGUCGGGAAUGCCGUCGCUGCGUGCGAGGUCGGUAGCCGAGCCGAAGCCGCACGCAAAUAGCCGCGAGCCUUUCCUGCGCCGACCAAUCAAAGUCGAGUCUAGAGCGCCCGAUGAACAAGCAUAUCCAUUUGGCGCCGGUGACCGCGUCGUUUAAAGACACCGGGCUCGCGGUGAGGCAUUUCGCAUGGCGCGUGAUGUUUUUUUUUUUUUUUCGAAGAUAGGACGCCGUAUAAUUACGUAUGCGCUGGGGGCGAGCUCCGCUUCUUGUCCUUGCUGUAGCGUUGUUUUAUUUUUCUUCUUCGCAGGAGGAUCACAUCUGUGGUCGCUUUUAAAAAUUUUUUUUUAUUUUGCCCUGCCCGCUCGAUAGCACUUUCCGGUCUGUCGGAAGAAGCUGACAGAUGAACACAGCUUGCCCUAACUAUUCCCAACCUUACCGAUAACGUAAUCCGGCGAGCCGCACGUAAUGGUGCAAAUACCCGUUCUGGCACUCACCACGAUAAGGCUGAUAAGGCGAUAAGUUGUGCUUCGAACGACGUUCGCGAGAUAAGCGAAGAUGCUGGACUCUUCCCCUACACAUAUCCUGGAGAUGCUGGUUAGUCCCUUAUAACGCUUUUUUUCGUUCAUCUAAAUCAGACACUGUAACGUGACAGCCCGUACAAAGUCUACUCACGCUCGCUCGGAAGGUCUUUUUCCUUUUAGCUCGAUUCCGAUGCAUACAAAAGGGUAGCUGAAUACUCGCACUUAGCGAUUUUUCGUACUACUGAAUUUAUCACACUCGAUAAAAGGCAACAACAACAAUCGCAAAGAAAGGCGACAGGGAUAGAGUCAUCUCUCACUUAUGUUGUCUGUGUAACAAAUAAUAGCCGACUAUCGUCCAGUAAUUAAGUGUUUUGCAAUUAGUGGCCUCUCGUUUAUGUCGCGAAGCCCGGCUGACGCCUGUUGGAAAUCAUCUCAUGGACAUUAGGCGCACCUUUUAUUUGCGACGUGACGUCGCACGUAUAAUGUAGAUCGGAUGCGUUUUAAUACCGAUACAUAAGCCGCAUUCCUACAGUUUGUGCCGAAGCGCGUUGUCUGGCCUUUCUUUCGAACAUUUUUGUUUUCUGUUUUUCUAUGUGCGUUUUUGAAACUUUCGUACAGGUCAUUGUGUGACAGAGAGUGGCGGUUAAAUUCGCCGCAUGAAGAAGCAUCGUUCCGUGUUAAAUGUCAAAGACUCAAAGUGCACACGCAUCGGAAAGGCGAAUCGCUCUCCUUCAGUUUCUACAAGUGGUAACCGAGUUGAACUUUUUAUAUAUUGAGUGCUUCUGAAGCAAUCUCCUGUAGUGAGGGAAAUUGCUGCGUGAUGUCACAGUUCGCUGCUUUUCACGAUUGUAUAGCUCUUCAUUGAUUUGGCGCAGUCCCUCUUGUGCAAUCAUGGUGUCUCUCUCUCUCUGAAGUGAUCACGAAAUUAUUUUGCCUAUCUUUUCCUUCUUGUGUGGGGUUUCGUGCUGUUCUGGGAACUACAGUUCCCGGGAGCCCAUUGGUGUUAAGCAAUCUAAAACUGUGCCCUGCAUCACCUUGCUCAGAAGACAAAUGUGGGUGAAUUGGUAUGGAAGCACGGUUAAUAAGGGCGCGGAUUGAAGGCACUAGACUAAACACACAAGCAGAGAAGACGACGGGCUACUGAAAAUUGAAAGUUUAUUCGCAAAGUUAGAAGGUUCUAGAACCCGGCAUGACUGUAUAUAUAGGUCAUCAUCAAAAAAUCACGUAAAAAAAUAGCAAUUCAAAAACUUAGAACGUUUUGAUAACGCGACAUCUGUUACGUCAUCAUCUAAAAAGCACGUAAAGAAUAGAAAAUAAAAUUAUUUUUUCUAUUGUUCACAUGCCUCUUUCACGAUGACGGAAGGCAUGUCAGGCCAUCAAAAGUUGUAACUUUCUGAAUAGAGUUCAAUUGUCCGUAGCUCGUCGUCUUGUCCGUUUGUGCCUUUUCCUCAGUUUCGAAUGCCUGCAUCAUCGUUUCACGCUGUGGCAAUCUUCAAAGCGAUAUUUUAGAGAUGUAUAUCGUAAUGCGUUUAGGUCGUAUUAUUCCACAGACUGGAAGUAUUGUGUAAAUAUACGUGUACAUAAUCUAGUUUGCAAUGUGGGGCACUCGUCGUCAGAUGGACGAGUGUUCAAGAGUGCCCCAAGUUAUUUUUUUUCUCUCUCUCUCCUGUAUUGGUGUACAUAUGACGAGGAGACGAAAAAAAGUUCGAGUCUUUUUUGUACUUUGUAUACGAGACUUCCACGGCCGUACAGCGACUCGGUGGAUGGUUUUCUUCUUUAGUCUUGUUAUUAUUUUUGUGCUGUAAUGAUAAUGAGAGUGCGCGAAUAGGAAAAUAAUAAAAUAUUACAUGUUUGAAUGA